UGUUUGAACACUGGCUAUCCAUGCGACUGUUUGACCGAUGGCAAUCCCUGUGAACCAUGCAGGAUGACCAUCAAAGACAGGGAGAGGGAGGAGGCCCACCUUUCCAACGACAUCAAUGUACCGGUUCGAUCCGGGAGCCCAUGUGAACCGGAGCUGAACAUCCCUUCAAAUGGGGUCCUUAAGGAGCGAGGUCGACACCUCGGAAUGAUGCUAUCUGUGAUCAUUUGUUUAAACAUUUUGAUCCUGGGAUGUGCCUUGGUCAGCGGCAGUGCUUACAAAGAUGUUAAUAUCAGCAGCUCUGACCUGCAGAUUUUCCUCAUCGUCCUCCUCCUCCUCACCUCCAUCUGGAUGGUUUAUUAUGUCACCUUCACGGCCAGGACAGAAAAUGCUAUUGCAUACAAAGAUUGCCAUGCAGGACCUAUUUGGCUCAGGGGAGGACUUGUGCUGUUUGGACUGCUUACUAUCAUCAUGGACAUUUUCAAGAUAGCCAGCUAUGUGGGCUACCUCCACUGCGAUUCAGCUGUUAAGGUUGCAUUUCCUGUGGUGCAACUUGUCUUCGUUCUUGUGCAGACAUACUUUUUGUGGAUCCACGCCAUGGACUGUGUGGAGCUCCAAAGAAACAUAACGCGCUGUGGGCUGAUGCUAACCCUCUCCACAAAUCUGGUUGUGUGGAUGACUGCGGUCACUGAGGAGUCCCUUCACCAAACAACAGUUCCAGAAUAUCCAAGCAACACCACUAAACUCUCUGGACGAAGCCUAUACAUAAACAGAGCGGGUUAUGGUGACGAUACCUGCAAGUGCAGCCACACUUCAUGCAGCCUCUUCAAGGAGGCCUACUACUACUUGUAUCCCUUCAACAUCGAGUUCAGUCUAUUUGCCUCGGCCAUGACCUACAUCAUGUGGAAAAAUGUGGGAAGAGUAACAGAAGAACAUGGACACCGUAAAAUCAAAUUCCGCCCGACUGAGGUUUUUCUUGGUCCUCUGGCAGGAGUUCUCUUAGUGGUGGCGGGUCUGGCAACAUUUAUCGUGUACGAGAUGGAAAUACUUAAGUACAAUAGGGAUGAAGACAAGAAAGACCAAGUAGUAAUGAUCCACUUUGUCAUGAAUAUAGUGAUUGUGACACUAAUGUCUGUUUCAACUGUGAUCGGCUGUGCCAUCUACCAGGUAGACCACAGGGAACAUGUAUCAGACAAAAACCCCACCCGCAGCCUGGAUGUGGGGCUGCUGGUGGGAGCCUCACUAGGGCAGUUCAUCAUCAGCUAUUUCAGCAUCGUCGCAAUGGCUGUCACUGGAGCCAAAGGCUACCUGAACGGACUCAACUUAGCAUGGGCUAUCCUGAUGGUGAUCCAACUCGGCCUGCAGAACUAUUUCAUCAUUGAAGGUCUACAUCGGGAGCCCUUCCAUGAGGUGCAACCAAUCAGUGUGUUGGCAAAUCCAUAUGUGCUGGAGUCAGGCAAAGAUAUGAGCAUCCUUGAAGAAUCAGACAUGGACACAAAGCCCGGCCCGGUAGUCACAGCAGACUGCCUGCACAACCACACAGUCGAGCACAGGCCUAAACUGUUAUGGAAGAGACGGGUAUUGAAGGAGGUUUGUGCGUUUCUGCUGCUGGGCAACGUCAUCCUGUGGAUAAUGCCAGCUUUCGGUGCUCGUCCCCAGUUUGACCACGCCACUGAAACUGAGUUCUACCAAUUCAACAUGUGGGCUGCAGUUGUAAAUGUUGGACUUCCAUUUGGCAUCUUCUACCGCAUGCAUUCAGUUGCCAGUCUGUUUGAGGUUUUUCUGACAUCAUAACACUGCGGAUCACAUGAUGUGUACAGACAAAUGUUUUGACAAUAGAAAGCUGUUUUGUAUAAAGUCUAGUUUGUUUGAUGAAUAUUUGUUAUGUCUUUAUAAAUGUGUGAAGUAGUUCUUCACUGACAAAUAUCAUCACUUUCUAUACAAGUAUAUGUGUCAAAGUAAAUGUAUUCAAAACUUUAUUUUCAGAAGUCAAUAAUAAUGGAUUGAAAAGCUGAUCUUGUAUGACAUUAUUUUUUGUUUUAACCUAUGUACACACAAAAAUAAAGGCAAUAUAUGCAA